UUCGCAACAUAGCCAGUCCGCGUCCGUUCCCUUAACUUUUUGUGUCUCCGCCCGUUCUUGGCACGAACGAAACACGAGUCGGAUUAGCUUACUUUCACUGGUGCGAAGCCUCCAACCCUAGCCCACUGUCACCCCCUCGUCUUGGGAGACAGUGAUACAAUAGUCAAUAUAAACAUUCGUAGCAACCGUUUUUGUGACAGCCUGGACCUACACGGUCAUUCUGCAACAAAAAAGGACCGUGUGCAUACAACAGGGGCUGUUUUCAUCAAGGAUGAUGUCAUCCACUGAGUCAGGAACAGGUGGUCCUAAACUACAUCGCCUCUUCAUCAAGUUUGACCCAGAGGUUGUAGCGGUGGUGUCGAUACUGCUGGGUCUAUUCCAAGUGCUGUUGGCGGUGCCUCUGUACUACAUGGACAUUGGCUUGCCCAAACUACAACUUAUGCUCCCUUUAUUUAUUGGCUUCCUGUUUGUGACGGCAGGGUCGUUCGCCUUCGCCUGUGAGAAGUCUCCCGGCAGACAGCUACUGACGGGCUGUGCCUACACUAACGUGGCCAGCCUGUUGGCGGGCCUACUGGCUCUGUGUAUGUACAGCGUCUCCCUACACUCCGUCCAGGGCACUGCUGAACCCUGCACUCUGCCAAGCAUCGACCUGUAUGCCGGGGCUGCACAAAAGUGCCCAGGAGAGUACCUGGAGGGGUUCUUCAGGAGUGUCACAGUCCUACUCAUCGUUUAUGACCUGGGGGCUCUUAUCCUCCACUCUCUCCUCUCUUUGUCCGCACUCAAGGGACUCAGAGUGGGACUGUGCCGAAUGAUCAAUUAAUCAAUUAGUCAAACUGAUUAACCAAUGGAUGCUAGUUGAAAAACCUAUUUUAGAAAAAUAUUAAUCUGUUUUAUCAUAUUUUUAUCAGUAACCACAUUUCCUUUAACUUGUUCAAGUUCAUGAUUGUUUUUUUCAUGGGUUUGUUUAUUCCUUUCCAGCUUUACAGGCGUACCAUUUUUUGAGAAACCUAAUAAAAUAAUUUGUAUAAACUC